GACUGCGGGGAACGAGCUGAGGGAACCGGGGAGCGCUGAGGGGCAGCGGGGAACGAGCUGAGGGACAGGCGGGACGGGUGAAGACGAGCUGAGGGAACCGGGGAGCUCUGAGGGGCAGCGGAGGAACGAGCUGAGGGAACUGGAACUUGAGCUGAGGGACAGGGAAGGAACGAGCUGAGGGAACUGGAUCUUGAGCUGAGGGACAGGGAGAACACGAGCUGAGGGAACCGCAAAGGCCAGUCUGGGGCGGACUGAGGGUACCGGGAGAGCUCUGAGGGACAGGGGGGAACGAGCUGAGGGCACCGGGGCGGCUCUGAGGGGUCGGUGCCAGGUGAGGGCUGAGGGGAAGCCCGGCCAAUGCAGGUGCUGAGCCCCAGCUCGUGUGGGUGGGCGAGCAGAGAGGACCGAUACCCUUCCAGUGAGGGAAAAUGGAGAGAUUUUGGGGGGACAGUGGAGAAAAUGCUGGAAAAGUAGUUGGAGUGUCCAUGGGAGGCAAAUGAGAAGAAACGGUUAAACUCUGUUAGGCUGCAGUGGCAGGAGGAUGGGGUGGUUGUGGUGAAGAUACAUGUGGGGUUUUUCUGUUUGCUUUUAGGUUUCUCACUCCAAGGACAGUGAUGUGGAGGUAUUGGAGGCACUGGAGGGUUGAAAAGGAUGCAGGGAAGAACAAGAACAAAUCGAGGAUGCCUUGCUGUGCCUAGGCUCUAGACCUGCUUAAGUGCAUAUGUGUGACCCUCCAUGGUUUUCCUGGCGUCUUCCAGGAGAGAUCCCAGGUCCAUUCCUCAGUCCUGAUUUUGUGGGAUCACCUGCAGCACUCAGGGAGUUGAGGUGGGGAUCGAGGCAAGGGGGUGUGAGAACUGCAACCCAAAUGCCAACUAAUUUUACAAUGGGCACCAAUAUUGUCCCUCACAUUUACAGCGGGGGGGAAAUAAAGGCACUGACAGAUUAAAUCUAGUCCAAGAUGAAACAGAAAAGCAGUGGAAGGUCAUGAGUCCAAUGCACUGUCUCUGGGUCUGAGUCACUGCUCUGUGAAUAAGGCUGCAAUGCUGAAAAUAUGGCAUUUUGGGGAUGAUUAUUUUGACUAUUAGAAAAGCAUUCCUACUUUCCCACCAAGUGCCUCCAUCAUAACCUCACUUGAACAUAAAUACAUGGUGUGAGCUGUGUAGUGUUUGUCCUUAGGAGGAAAAAAAAAACUGGGAAAGAGCCAAGGCAGUAUGUCACUGUAUGUUCCUGUUUAUUCCACUUCUUAUUUUUCACAUGUUUUAUAAAAUGUGUAUCUGCAGUGACUAAUACUUCCAAGUAACCAAUUGGUGCCAGUAAAUGGAAGCACCAUCUGUAAGGAACUGAUUUGCAGAAGCCAAGUUCUCAAACAUCUGAGGAGGAGGAGGUGUUAUAACUUAGUGAGAGACGACCAAAGUGUAGACUUGGGCUUGGUAGUCAAGAUGAUUUUAGAUGUAUUAUGUAAGUAGGAUGUGAGAGGAAAGGGGAAAUGGAGACCAAAUGAUGGAGCUCUUGUUCAGUAGGAACAAAGAUGAAGUAACCCGUGGUGAGAGAAAGGCGACAAGAAAAGGAUUUUGCAUUCGCGCGUUGCUGGGCUUUGGAAUUUUCUCCCUGGAUUUCAGUUCGUUUUUCGCGUUUGCAAUACCAGGCUGAGCUCGUGCAAGCUGAGCUCCCCCUUCAUUCUUCACUGGCUCCCAUGGGAGCAGGGUGUGGAUUGAGGGCUCUUCCCUCCACUCCUUUCAUCCACGAGGUCUAAGGGAAGGAAGAGUCGGGUGUCAAUAACUGUCCUCUUCUCCUGUUGAUUUGAUCCAAUGGACUGACAUGCAGGGGAGACUCAGAUGAAAGUUGCACCUGAGGAGUGUUUGUGCUCAUAGCUGAGGAACCUUCCCAAAGCUGCCUUCCUCAUUAUCCACCAAAGUCCUCCUGCUGUUCCACAUACUAAUUCCAGAGGGUGGAAUUAAUGCUUUCUUAUGGCAAAGGCCAACUGUAACUGUUGCUUCACACUGAAAACACAGAGGGAGAAGGUAUUUCACUAAACCAUCACCAGUGGACAUCACAACAGGAAGAAGAUGACAGCCACGGGGUGCGAUUCCUUCCCCGGCUGAUGCCGCUCUGAGCAUCCAGAGCCGGCCGAAGGCAGCAGCGGUGCAGUCGCUGUGACAGUGCGAGGGCAGAAGCUCUGGACGGUAGAGGAUGCUAGAGAAGAGGGCCAAGCAGCAUCCAGGAGCUUUCCCCUGCUAUCCUGGGAAUGUGCUGGGUGUCUCCAUGGGCUGGGAGGAGUAAAAACAGGAUCCACUGGGAAUUUUUAGCACUUUGAGUUGCUGAUAACUGAUGGAAGGCGACGAGCGGGCGAUAAAUUCCCUGUUCCCGGGCAGGUUGUCUUUCCUCCUGUAAUUAAUUCAGCCCCAACCCAAACUGCUGAGGCUCUCAAGGAGUUAAGAUACAACAAUGGUGGCACUUACACUGUUCCAGUGGAUUCUAAAAGGGCUUAUCUUGACUUUUCUGCUGAAAACUACUCUGUCCCUAAAUCCAGAUGAUCCAAAUGUUUGUAGUCAUUGGGAAAGCUAUGCUGUGACAGUGCAGGAAUCUUAUGCUCACCCCUUUGAUCAGAUCUAUUACACACGAUGCACAGACAUCCUCAACUGGUUCAAGUGCACCAGACACAGGAUCAGUUAUAAAACCGCCUAUCGGAGGGGGCUGAGGACGAUGUACCGGCGGAGAUCCCAGUGCUGCCCGGGCUACUACGAGAGCGGAGACUACUGCAUCCCUCUGUGCACUGAGGAGUGUGUGCAUGGGAGGUGUGUCUCUCCUGACACGUGUCACUGUGAACCAGGAUGGGGAGGCACUGAUUGCUCCAGUGAUCUGGCCACCUCUGAUGGGCUGGGGGAGCCCAGCACCGCUCCAGCAGAGACUGGUGGGAACAGCAACUACAACAGCUGUGACAGCGAGCACUGGGGGCCCCACUGCAGCAACCGCUGCCAGUGCCAGAACGACGCGCUCUGCAACCCCAUCACGGGCGCCUGUGUCUGCGCCGACGGGUUCCGCGGCUGGCGCUGCGAGGAGCUCUGCGAGCCCGGCACCUACGGCAAGGCCUGCCAGCUCCAGUGCCAGUGCCACCACGGGGCCACCUGCGACCACCAGACCGGAGAGUGCCACUGCGCGCCCGGAUACACCGGAGUCUUCUGUGAGGAGCUGUGUCCCCCCGGCAGCCACGGCGCCCAGUGCGAGCUGCGCUGCCCCUGCCAGAACGGGGGCGUCUGUCACCACAUCACCGGGGAGUGCUCCUGUCCCGCGGGAUGGACGGGGCUGGUGUGUGCACAGCCAUGUCCUCCUGGAACCUUUGGAAUCAACUGCAGCCAGGACUGUCCGUGCCACAACGGAGGACACUGUGACCCCGUGACAGGAAAAUGCAUCUGCACAGCUGGCUAUAUAGGAGACAGGUGCCAGGAGGAGUGUCCCAUCGGGACAUACGGCUUCCAGUGCUCACAAACCUGCGACUGCCAGAACGGGGCCAAGUGCUACCACGUCAACGGAGCCUGCAUCUGUGACCCCGGCUUUAAAGGGAUUUACUGCCAAGAAAGGAUGUGUCCAGAAGGGUUUUAUGGCCUCAAAUGCAACAAGAGAUGUCCUUGCAAUAUUACCAACACCCUCAGCUGCCACCCCCUGUCUGGAGAGUGUAGCUGCAAGGCUGGCUGGGCUGGGCUCUACUGCAACGAGACGUGUCCCCCGGGCUCGUACGGCGAGGGCUGUGCCCUGGCCUGCCCCUGCCACAACGGGGCCGACUGUGACAGCGUCACCGGGGCCUGCUCCUGUGCCCCCGGCUACACGGGAGAGGACUGCACCAUCACCUGCAUGGCAGGAACCUACGGAACCAAUUGCUCCUCAGUUUGUAACUGCAAGAACGACGGUGCCUGUUCCCCUGUGGACGGGCUGUGCUACUGCAAAGAAGGCUGGCAAGGAGUGGAUUGCUCUAUUCCAUGUUCAAGUGGAAGUUGGGGUCUGAACUGUAACCAGACGUGUUCCUGCACCAACGGAGCUGCCUGCAGGCCAGCAGACGGCUUCUGCCUCUGCUCCCCGGGAUGGCAGGGGGAGUUCUGUGAGCAGCCCUGCCCUGAUGGAACAUAUGGUCUUAAUUGCAGCGAGCGUUGUGACUGUAACCACGCCGAUGGGUGUGACCCUGUCACUGGGUACUGCUGCUGCCUCGCAGGCUGGACAGGCAUCCACUGUGACAACAUCUGCACCCAGGGCCGCUGGGGCCCCAACUGCUCCAUCUCGUGCAGCUGUGAGAACGGGGGAUCCUGCUCCCCAGAGGAUGGCACCUGCGACUGCGCCCCGGGAUACAGGGGACCCUUGUGCCAGAGAAUUUGCCCCCCUGGUUUUUAUGGACACCACUGUGGCCAGCCCUGCCCCCAGUGUGUGCACAGCAAUGGUCCUUGUCACCACGUGUCGGGACACUGCGACUGCCUGCCUGGAUUCUUUGGCCCUCUCUGCAACCAAGUGUGUCCCAGUGGGAAAUACGGGAAGGACUGUGCCGAGGUGUGUCAGUGCACCGAGAACGGGACGUGCAAUCCCAUCGACGGAUCCUGCCAGUGCUUCCCAGGCUGGAUAGGCAUGGACUGCUCUCAGACCUGUCCCAGUGGGUUUUGGGGCCCUGACUGCUUUCAUUCCUGCAACUGCCACAACGGAGCACUGUGCAGCCCCUACGAUGGAGAGUGUCGAUGUACCCACGGCUGGACGGGGCUCUUCUGCACUCAGCGUUGCCCAGCUGCUUUUUAUGGAAAGAACUGUGCCAACGUGUGCCAGUGUCAGAACGGAGCUGACUGUGACCACAUCACCGGGCAGUGCACGUGCAGGACUGGAUUUACAGGCAAACAGUGCGAGCAGAAGUGCUCACCAGGAACGUUUGGUUAUGGUUGCAAACAACUUUGUGAGUGCAUGAAUAAUGCUACAUGUGACCAUGUCACGGGGACCUGCUACUGCAGCCCAGGCUUCAAAGGAAUCCGGUGUGAUCAAGCGGCUCUUAUGAUGGAAGAAUUAAACCCCUAUACUAAAAUUAGCCCUGCUCUUGGAUCAGAGAGGCACUCAGUGGGAGCAAUCAUUGGAAUUAUUAUUCUCCUUCUAAUUAUUAUGGUCUUGCUGGCACUGUUUGUGUGGUAUCGACGGAAACAGAAGGAGAAGGGCCAUGACAUGCCAAGUGUAUCUUACACUCCAGCCAUGAGGAUGACUAAUACAGAUUACUCACUUUCUGAUGUAUCUCAAGGUAGCGGCAGUGUACACUGCUUUUCCAAUCCCAGCUACCACACUCUCUCAUGUGGUGUGACCUCACGCUUCUUUCCCAGUAAUCUGGAUGGAAACAGCUCCAGUAAGCUCAGUAACAAAACCCUUGACAGAGACACUGCAGACUGGAGACCCUACAGCUAUCUGAAUGAACUAGGUGCUUGUGGGAUGGAUAGACGUCAGAACACAUACAUAAUGGAAAAAAGCUUCAAAGAUUAUAUGAAAGAGUCUGUGUGCAGCUCCAGCACUUGUUCCCUGAACAGCAGUGAAAACCCCUACGCCACCAUUAAAGACCCCCCCAUUUUAACCUGCAAACACUCCGAGAGCAGCUACGUGGAAAUGAAAUCGCCUGGUCACAGGGAGUCCCCAUAUUCCGAAAUGCCAACUUCAUCCACAGCCAAUAAAAACAUCUAUGAAGUUGAGCCCACUGUCAGCAUAGUCCAAGACGGCCGCAGCCGGAGUGCCAGUUACCUCCAGAAUCCAUACGACCUUCCCAGGAACAGCCACAUUCCUGGUCACUACGACCUCCUCCCCGUCCGGCACAGCCCGACACACGGGCCCUCUUGGGACAAGCAGUCUUAAAGGGAUGGACUCCACUGUGCUGCCAACACAAACUGUGAGGAAGCAGAGGAGAAGCCAUUCCUUUUCCACGCUGUGGGAUGCUGACGGAUGUGGACUGGCUUACGCAAGGACCUGACGUGACACAACAUCAGCUUGGGCCAACUGCUGCUGCAUGAUGUUAUUUAUAAAGACAUUUUUAUAUGGGUAACUGGAACUAACAGAACCUCCUCCACGUGUGGCUGGAGUACAUCACCCCAGGAAGGUGUCCACGUGCUCCAGGCAAAAACUCUCCGUGGCUUGUAUUCUAACCCUGGCUUUGCUGUAAAAUAAACCACAAACACAUGCUAAGUAGAAGGACUUAAAGAUGUACAUUUUUACCAACUGCAUCAAGAAACCUUUUACCUUUAGGAACAAGGUGACUGGGAAUGCACUGGAAUUGAUUUUCAUCUUUGUCAUGGGAAUGGACAUUUUUCUGAAUGAGAGCAGGGAAACUUGUCAUUUCACUGUCAGGACACCUCAUUUACUGCCACCACCAUGUGCAGCCUGUGCAGAUCACGCUCGGUAAUUAGCAUUGGGAUUUUCAUCUCUACACUCAGUACCAGAGGGUUUGAGUUGAGGAAUAUUAACACAGACACUUUCUGUGCCGUUUUUUAAAUCUUUCCAAAUGUCCCCUGAUCUUUGCUAAUGACCAUUUCCACAAUGAACCCCCCCCCCCACUUUACCACGCUUCUGAUUGGCACAGAUGGGCUUUAAUUUUCCUUAUACAGCUUCUGUUUUGUUGGCUAAAUCCAGCAGAUCUGUCAGGCCUGUAACCUGCUGCACCUCCCUUUCCUGCCCUGGGACAGUGCAGGUCUGCACAGACCAGCCCUGGUUUCAUUUCCUUUCCCAAAGCUGAGCCACAGCAGCUUCUCUCUCCCAUCUUUUCAAACCAUCUCCUCGUGGUUCACUUGUCAGCAUGCCACUGAUGACACCCUUUAAUUUGAUGGGCAUUACCAUGUAGUGCAACGUUAUCCUUUGGUGAUUCUACCUGAAAUGUCAUUAAAUGGAGCUGAAACUGGGUUUUCUUUUUCAGCAGCUGUUUGUGAACUAAUUAUCACGGGGCUGACCCAUGGUAAAGUUUUGCAUUGCGCCACCACAAUUAUUUUUUUUUAAUUUAUAAUCUUUAUUGACCUAGAAAGUAGAGUACUUGCCGUUAGUUCCUUGUAGAUUUUGAGCAUGAAGUAGUAUUGACUCUAAGUAUGUAAUUUUAUUAGGCAAACGUGGAAGUAGCAAGUUGAUGCCUCUUAAAUAUAAAGAAAUAUUCUGUUGCACAUUCGCCAGCCUGGUGGAAGCAGAAGAGAACGGAACCAGAUCCAUCAGUUUGCUCAACACGAUCCCUUGGGUGAGCUGCUGGGCUUGGGACUGGAAAGAGGAGCCCUCCAGCUGGGAGAAAGUGGCUGGAUCCUGGCUCUGUGUCAGACCAGGAUCACUUGGAGCACCAUGGAGGGGCCCAUCCUGUCCCCACAGAUGGGCUCAGCCUGGGAUUGAAGCCCCUGGCAGGACACCCCUGGGAGCCCUGUCCUUGGGAAUCCUGCCCUGGGAGCCCUGUCCUUGGGAAUCCUGCCCUGGGAGCCCUGUCCUUGGGAAUCCUGUCCCUGGGAGCCCUGUCCUUGGGAAUCCUGCCCUGGGAGCCCUGUCCCUCGGAGCCAGGACCCACCAGGUGGUCAGGCUGGCUCUGAACCCCCCAACCUGAGCCCAGAGACCCCCCCAGGCUCCCGGAGCAGCCGAUGUCCAUGUCCCAGGAUCAUUCCCACACGAUUCCCUGAAUGCUGCAUGUGUGCAUGGGGGCCCUGACCAAGCAGCAGUAGCAGUUUUGUUUUCCAGGAAAGCCUUAUUUGAGAUGUAAGUUAUUUUGUAGGGCCAGUAGGAACAUAUUUUAUGUACAUGAACGGAAAGACUUACCUCAAAAAUAUCAAGAGAAAGGCAGUUGGAUAAGGAAUACUCUUGUGGAGCCCUACCUUGACACCCAGCACAAGCAGCCCCAGCUGCCAGCCUGACCCAUGUUUGUGUGUUGCUGUAGUUUGCAAUGAGACUCCAGAGAGCAGAGAUGUGCUCAGUUGUUGUGUUGUUUCUUGGUUUUUUUUCAAAGCAGGAUUUUGAAACCAAAUGCAAUGACGCAUAGAGCUUAAAAGGAAAAAAAACAAGCAAAACCAACAAAAAAAGGUACCUUCUUGUAUAUUAGCGUCAGCUUAGGAAACAGGCACCAAAAUGGCAAUACUUUUUUAAGGCAAGACAGAUUUGUAAUAUAUUUGUUCACUGUACAAAGGUAUCCUACCUUGUACAAAAUAAAUUGAAUUUCUCUCAC